AGAGGCGAAACUGAAGAUGGCUGGCUGCUCCCUGUAUUUCCGUGUUGGCUUGUUUCAGUGGUCGCAGGGAACCGUUGUUAUGUGUGUGUGCCACGGACAGGGCCCUGGAGGGACGAGGCGCUGAAUCUGUUUCCUGGUUCCCCGGAAUUGCCCCUGUGCGAGCACUUCAACCCCAAAGACAAGCGAUACGAGCGGGAGUGUCCUCCUCGGACCACCGGGUGCCUCAUCCAGAGCAGCGGUUCACAUGUGCUGCGGACAUGCAGCAAUUUUGGUGAAACCAUCAAUGACUGCAAGAUAGCUAAUGGGGUGAAUUACUGCUCCUGCUCAGGAAGUGACCUCUGUAACGGUGACAAGUCGCAGACCAGCUACACUGUGCCACAACGCCCCACCGAUGACGAGGACCAGGAACUGCCAGAAGGUAGCGGAGGGGGAGAUUACCCUCAGACAAAUGCAUAUCCUAGCCCAACGACAGCACACCCACCCCAUGGCACAACAACCAGAAGUGUGACACCCUCCCAUGGCAGUGCCACAAUGAGCAGGACACUGGGGUUCCUACCCUUUGUAGUCGCCAUCGUGACUGCAGCGAUGCAGUAGAAUCCACACUCUCAUAUUUGCAGUGGAACACUUGUAGAAAGUGAAUGAGCCCUGUACCUGAUGUUUAAUCCUUUCAUAAUUGGAGUGAAAAUGGCUAAAAAUUAUGCAACAAGAGGGUCAUUCUACAAAAUUUUCCACCACUUACAUAUUCCUGAGACAAUGUCAAAAUCUAAAUCCCUGUACCCGAUUGUUC